AUGAAAAAUUUGACAAUUGUUUGGCUAUUCCUUUGUCUCGGGCUUGGCAAUGGUGGUGGUGGUGGUGCAUUUGGGGCGGAAAAUGACGAAAAAACUACGGUCUUGACACACUUUGUUCACGGAUUGAUUAAACAUCCAAAAGUUUUGGCGUUACUUUGCUGGGAUAGUGACGAUUUAUUCCUUUUAAUAAAAGAAUUCAAUAAACGUGAAUUGCGAAUCGGUGUCGCUGAGUCAAAUAUCGCCUCGCUUCCAUCUGGCGCUGCCGAGGAUGAUUCUGUCCUUUUACUAGACUGGCAAUGUCCUUGCACAAGCGAUCUCUUAAGCAAAUUAAAUUUAUCGCAAUACGAGCAAUUCAAGUGGAUAUUCAUCAAUGACAUGCCCGAAGACGAUCCUAAUUUGUUCACGACCUUAAAUUCGCAUUUUAUUGGGGUUGGCAGCGAUAUUUUCGUCAUCAGACGACGAGACACGGACACCUUUGUCAUCGAACGUGUCUACAAAGUUCAUCGACACGCAACCGAAUUAUCGCGCGAAUUUUACGCCACCUGGUCGAUUACGGAAAAUUCAUUCACGAAUGCGGCUCUCGUGCCAUCGAUAACGUCGCGACGUCGUCAAAACAUGCAUAAAAACGUGGUACGUGCCUCGAUGGUCAUUACGCACAACGACAGUUUAAAUCAUCUGGACGAUUAUCGCGAUCAGCAUCGCGACACAAUUGCCAAGGUGAACUUUAUUUUGACGAAUCAUUUGAUGGCUUUUAUGAAUGCGACGGUGCAGUUCAGUGUCGUCGAUACCUGGGGUUACUUGAACAAGGAAAAUAACACGUGGAACGGCAUGAUUGGCGAAUUGACAGACAAUAAAGCGGAUAUUGGAGCGACCGCGUUAUUUUUUACCGACAACCGAAUCAGCGUGAUUCAGUAUGUGGCGAUGACGACAAAAACGUUGUCGAAAAUUGUCUUUCAGAGUCCGAAGCUUUCGUACACGGACAAUGUCUUUUUGUUGCCUUUUUCACGAAUCGUGUGGAUUUGUGUGGUCGUGACGGUGCCAACGAUUGCAGUGGCCCUGGCAAUGGUCAUGUAUGCCGAAUGGAAGGUCCCGUUGAAGCCACAUGACGAAACGGAUGUCUCAAUGUUGCAUCCCUCGUUGAAGGAUUGUCUCCAGUUGGUUUUUUGUGCGUUGUGUCAGCAAGGAUCAUCGACAAUUCCGAAGAGUUUCAGUGGAAGGCUCAUCAUGUUUUUGACUUUUUUGAUACUGAUGUUUCUGUUUGCAAGUUACUCGGCCAAUAUUGUCGCUUUGCUGGGAGCUCCGUCGAGUAAGAUUAAAACUUUGGAAGAUUUUUUGGAUUCCAGGUUAAAAAUGGGGGCUGAUGACACAGUUUUUAAUCGGUUUUAUUUUCCGCGACAAACGGAAGGCACACGCAGAGCGUUAUACGAGCGAAAAAUCGUCAACAAAGACGGAUCCACCAACUUUAUGUCACUUGAUAAGGGAGUUGCUCUUCUCCGCAAAGGCCUGUAUGGCUUUCACUUUGAAACGGGACCCGGCUACAAGUUAAUUUCCGAAACUUUCAACGAAGACGAGAAAUGUGGCCUCCAGGAAAUUUCGUUCCUGCAAAUGAUUGACCCGUAUUACGCGAUCCAGAAGAACUCCACGAUGAAGGAAAUUAUCAAAAUUGGGUUAUUCCGACUUUAUGAACACGGCAUUCAACACAGGGAAAAUACACGAUAUUACACGGCAAAACCUCAAUGUUCUGGUACUGGCAGUAAAUUUAUUUCUGUGAGCAUCAUCGAUGUGCAGCCCGCUAUAUUGCUCCUGUGUUGGGGCUUUGGUUUCGCUGGCAUCGCAUUUUUGUUCGAGACGGCAAUGAAACGUGCGAAAUGCGGCGACCGCAUGAAAAAUUUCCAAACCAAGAUAUCCAGCCAUAUAUAA